UAUUAAGGUUUUAUUUACCGAACAAUAAGUUUACUUACCUAUUCAUAUUCUUCCACCCUCUUUUACAAUGAGGUUCUACGUAUUCCUCGCGGUGUUCGUAGCAGCGGUGAUUGUCAUAGAAUGUGGGCACACAUUCUUGGGGACCAAUGUUCUGAGGCAGGAGGUCUAUAAUCGUGAUGUCAAGUACAGCUCCUACAUGUUCAGAAAGCGGGUUGAAAAUCUGACUAUCACCAUGCCUGCUUCAUAUGGCUACGGGAAAACUAUUCAGGGUAUCCUGGCCUACGACCUCACCGAAUCUGAUGCCUCAGCCAACGUGACAGCGGGCGGUCUCGGCUUCAAUUUCGUGACACUGCGCCUGAAGAGCAGCCGUGGAGAUGACAUCCACUUCGAUGUCUACAUUUACGCCUAGACGAGAAAAAUGCUUCUCGAAAAUACAGAUACAGUCAU